CAUUUAAAAUAAAGCGAUAAAGAAACGUUCAAAUAAUACGAAAUAAAUACAGAGUAGGAUAGCAAUCUGUGAAGCGAUCCAGUUUGACCGAUCCGUCGAAACAAGCGUGUGGCGAAACAACGUCCAAACCGACGAUUUGUCUUGUUUGAAGUAUCAAGAUGGCAUGUCUAUUGAGAGUUACCUCGAGAGCGCAGAUGGCUAGAUCUCUUAGCCACUCGAGACGCCACUCCUCCUACUCGUAUCCCUUUGUGUAUUCGAAUGAAGUGCGCGACGCGAAAGCGGACAGGAAGCCGAUAGUGGCUUUAGAAUCAACUAUCAUCACUCACGGAAUGCCUUAUCCUAAGAAUUUGGAGACAGCGCUUGAAGUUGAGGAUAUUAUCAGACGCCAAGGAGCAACACCAGCCACUAUUGCAAUUCUCCAAGGUCAACUCACGAUAGGCUUAACACGAGACCAGCUGCAAUACCUCGCCAAAGCAAAGGGUGUUAUCAAAGCAUCUAGACGAGACCUGGCACCCGUGAUGGCAGCUCGACAAGAUGGUGCCACUACGGUCGCUGGAACAAUAAUCGCAGCUGAAUUAGCAGACAUACCCAUAUUUGUUACUGGCGGUAUAGGUGGAGUUCAUCGCGAAGGCGAGAACACGAUGGAUGUGUCAGCUGACCUCACGGAGCUGGGACGUAGCAAGAUGUUGGUCGUUUGCAGCGGCGUCAAGUCUAUCCUAGAUAUAGGACGAACCCUGGAAUACUUGGAAACACAAGGAGUGACGGUCUGUUCUUUUGGUGAAUCGGCUGAAUUUCCAGCAUUUUACACGACUCGUUCUGGUUACCACGCACCACACCGAGUGUCUGACGCAUCACAAGCGGCACGAAUUUUGCAAUCGGCGUAUCGGUUGCAAUUGUCUUCUGGUAUAGUUAUCGCUGUUCCAGUUCCUGAAGAAUAUGCUAUGGAUGGGAAUGUUAUCGAGACUGUCAUAAAGAAUGCGCUGCUUGAAGCAAAUAAUCAAGGAAUUCGGGGUAAGGAAGUGACCCCAUUCCUUCUGGCCGCAGUGUCUGCAGCUACGGGCGGCGUCUCGCUCGACGCUAACGUCGCGCUCAUAAAGAACAACGCAAAAGUCGGCGCCGAUGUUGCCUUCCAAUUUCAAAAACUGAGGAAUGCAGACAAUUUAGAGAACGCUCUUAAUAUCGGCGUCUCAAAGAGCACGGCAAAAUGUAUGACAAAUUCUUCAAGACAGUUUCAUACAACGUGUCGUGACAAAGGCAGCGAGAGCGUCGAGAAUCUGAUAAGGGAUGAUAGUGCUGGAGAUGUGCUUAUCAUUGGAGGAGCUAAUGUAGACAGGACGUACAGAGUAACUGAAGAUCAAGUUCAGCUGGAUGGCAGUACUCACGCCUGUAGGACGGAGCAGUGUGCAGGCGGCGUGGCGAGAAAUAUGGCAGAAGCUUUAUGGCGGCUACGAGACGGACGGGCGCGACUUCUUACAGUCAUCGGAGACGAUGCAGAAGGACAGUACAUACAAGAUAUUGCACCUGGAUUAUUAUUGGACGGUUGCAUUAUAACAAACGCACGGACAGCAAUAUACGCAGCCAUGUUUGAUAAGAAAGGCGAAUGUAUAAUGGGACUGGGAGACAUGGAUAUUCACAAUCAUGUUACUAUUGAUCUUAUAAAUAAACAUAUUAACGUAUUAAAAAAUGCACCGCUCGUUGUGCUAGACGGCAAUUUACCAGCUACCACUAUGGACUACGUUCUCAAGUUAUGCACCGAAUACAAAAAACCUGUGUUUUUUGAGCCUACAGAUCGAAGAAAAGCUAUAAAAGCUCUAUCAAGCAAUCAUCGUGUUAAAUACGCUUCACCAAAUAUAAUGGAGCUUCGAGCAAUGGCUGACUUUUUGAAACCAAAAAACAAUAUAACGAAAAGUAAUGAUUUAGAGGAAAUUAUUAAUCUCUCAAAAAUUGUGUUAGAAUUUGUCGAUUUAUUACUGGUUACAAGAGGAUCAGCAGGCGUAGUCACCAUUAAAUCUGUAAACGAAAUCACCGAUUCGUCGCCAAUUAACUCUCAUGAGUUUGAAGUUCGACUGUAUUCAGCAGAAGUGUUAAACCACAUUGAAAACGUUUCUGGGGCAGGUGAUUGUUUUUCAAGUGGAUUUAUUUAUGGUGUAAUUUUAGGCUUGGAUGAAUGUAAAAGCAUUUCUUUUGGUUUUAGUGCUGCGAAAGAGGCAUUACUCAGCAAAAGAACUGUGCCCUGUACAUUUAAUAAACAUAAUUAUAAUGAAACAAUUAAAUAUAGUGCUUGGUCUUUCUAGAUUAAUUAACUACAUUCUCAACUAUCUUCUUUGUGUUUAUAAUUAUGAAUUACAAUUUCGUCAUUUAUAAAUGACUAUAUAAAUUAGUAUAAAAUAUAACCUAAGACAAAUCGUCUUCUCAUAUUCUCACCAUUGUCACCAUCGCCACUCUUCUUACAAAUAAUUUUGUAACGGCAUUUAAUUUUCUAACUGCUGAGCAAAGAUCUUGUUCUAAUAAAAAGGCUUGGAGCUUUUUCCAACAAACUGUUCCAGUGAUCAGGUGGCAGAAUUUGAUUCUACUCAUGCAAUUUCUUCACGUUUUAUUUUACCGAGGAGCACAAGAUGAUUUAAAAGAAAAGCGUAUCAAUAGAGCUCCUCUCUUUAUCCACUGCAAUCGGU